AUGACGCACUAUCUGCGAUCUCGUCAUGAUGGAAUUCUGAUCGGCGUGGGCACAGCCGUCGCGGAUGACCCCGGGCUGAACUGUCGCAUUGCUGGAGUUGGAGGCUACGGCGGCGAGGGCUUGAACGGCCAACCACGGCCAGUUGUCAUUGACCCUUCUUUGAAAUGGAACUUUUCUGCAGACAGCAAAUUGUUUCAAAUGUGCAGGGAAGGCCGUGGUCGUGCGCCGUGGAUCGUCACCACGGCGAAGGAAGCCCCUGCUGAGAAAGAUGCCCUGAUCAAAGCGUACGGUGGUCAAUUCAUUACGAUGGAUAUCCCGUCCUCAGACUCAGGAAGUCAUUGCAUGGAUUGGUGUCAAUUGCUCCGGAUCCUACGAAUGAAUGGUCUGCGGAGUGUUAUGAUUGAAGGCGGAGCGCAGAUCAUCAAUUCUUUAUUGCAACCACCCUACAUGGCUCUAAUAGAUCGUGUUAUUCUGACAAUUGCACCGACAUGGCUUGGACAGGGUGGUGUUGUCGUCUCUCCAGCCAGACGGUUGGAUGACGAUGGCAAGCCAAUGUCCGCUGCCAGAUUGAAAAAUGUGCAGUGGCAUCCAUUUGGUGAGGACGUUGUGCUCUGCGGAGAAGUAACUAUCUGA